UGACACCUGAUUUAAUGAAAUCAAAGUUGAAAGCAUUCGGAUUUUUCAAUUUUAUAUGAAUGAGAUAACUUUCAUAUAUUGAAGAUAAUUUCGAUUUAAGCUAUGGUAUCAACAAAGACUGUUUUACCCGACAAGUAUUCUGCGGGGCCCCACGGAUUAGGCGAUCCUGAAGACAGGUCAUUGAGAAAGGUAGAAACAGAAGUGUUAAUACCGAAACUUAUGAGAGAAAAAGCCAAAACAGAAAAAUGUUUAAUGGAAGUUGCAGAUUUUAAUCGGUGUUGCAAAGAAUCAUCAUUACUAAUGGUAGUUAAGUGUAGAGAUGAAAAUUCAGUUAUGAAGUCUUGUUUAGCCAGCUGGUACAACAAUGAAGACUUUAGAAAGUUAUGUACUGAAGAAUAUUUAAAUCAAAGAAGUGAAUACAGAAGAACUGGAGUCAAGAAAGCAAUGAAAAGAAUUUAAAGAGAAAAAACUUUGAAAUAGGUGUAAAAAAUAAAUCUUAGUAUUGUACAGUA